GCCCCCCUUGCCGUCGUCCGGGUGGUCCGCGGUGCGCCAAGUCGUCGCACCCAACCCCCUCAUGAGCCCCACCCAAAGGCGAGCUUGCAAAGAAUGCGCAGCAGGCCCCCGCCCCCCCUCCUCUACUUAAUAGCUCGCACGAGCUGACACCUCUUCUUACCCCUCCCCCUCACCAACACCAUCACCAUGUCGCACGGACACGGUUGGAAGAACCAGUCCACAUUCCCCCUCACGGCCGCCAUGACCGAGGGUAAGCCCUUCCAGCAGCAGGUCGAGACCCCUGCUGCUGGCGAGGGCUCUGGGCCCACUGCUGCUCCCGACUCGAUCAACGAGACGAUCAUCCAGACCAAGAAGAAGCGUGGCGAGGCUGCCAACCCGCUGGCCGACCUCAGCACCGACGAGGUGCUUGCCCACGCCCAGGCCUUCGCCGAGGCCAACAACCUCCCCGUCGACUUGCUCCGUAAGGGUGCCCUCGUCGCCAAGUCGCCCACAGAGUAUGAGCAUCUGUCGAUCCUGUCCGACGAGGACAAGUUUGAGCUCCGCCGCGAAAAGGAGCGCAAGUUUUGGCAGCCCAAGACCUUUUACAACCUCGUCAUUGCGUGUUCAGUCGCCGCUGCUGUUCAGGGCAUGGACGAGUCGGUCAUUUCCGGUGCCCAGCUGUUCUACCCCAAGCAGCUCGGCAUUGACGGUGCCGAGUCGGAGCGUAACCGCUGGCUCAACGGUCUCGUCAACGCGGCGCCGUACCUCUGCUGUGGCGUCCUCGGCUGCUGGCUCACCGACCCCCUCAACAAGUUCUUUGGUCGUCGUGGUACCAUCAUGUUCUGUUCAGUCGUUUCCAUCAUUUGCUGUAUCUGGCAGGCGUGCACCAACACUUGGUGGCACCUGUUGAUCGCUCGUUUCGUCCUCGGUAUCGGUAUCGGCCCCAACUCGUCCACUGUGCCCAUCUUCUCGGCCGAGUGUGCACCUGCGCCCAUUCGUGGCGCUCUCGUCAUGCAAUGGCAGGUGUGGACUGCGUUCGGUAUUAUGCUUGGAUACGUCGCCGACCUGGCCUUCUUCCACGUCCCCAGCAAGCCUCACAUCACGGGUCUCAACUGGCGUCUGAUGCUCGCCGCGCCGCUCCUCCCCGCCCUCGUCGUCCUCAUCCAGAUGCCCUUCCUCCCCGAGUCGCCCCGUUGGCUCAUGUCCAAGGGCAAAUACGAGAAGGCCUACCGCGCGAUGCUCCGUCUUCGUGGCAGCGAGGUGAUCGCCGCUAGGGACAUUUACUACAUCUUCAUCCUCCAGCAGGAGACCGAGUCGACUACCCGCCACGGCAACCGCUUCGUCGAGCUCUUCACCGUUCUCCGCAACCGCCGUGCCACUCUUGGCUCGCUCCUCCUCAUGUUUGGCCAGCAGUUUUGCGGUAUCAACGCGAUUGUGUACUACACGGCUACCAUCUUCACCAACGCUGGUUUCAGCGAGAUUUCGGCUCUCCUUGCUUCGUGGGGCUUCGGCAUGACCAACUGCAUCUUUGCCAUCCCCGCCAUCCUCACCAUUGACAAGUUUGGUCGUCGCCCGCUGCUUCUCAGCACCUUCCCCGUCAUGGCCAUCAUGCUGCUCUUCGUCGGCUUCUGCUUCUGGAUCCCCGAGGACUCCAAGGCGCGUAUCGCCCUCAUCGCUACUGGCAUUUAUAUCUACACGGCAUUCUACUCGUCUGGUGAGGGUCCCGUGCCCUUCACCUACUCGGCCGAGGUUUACCCCCUGUACGUUCGUGAGAUUGGCAUGUCGCUGGCCACGUCGGUCACCUGGACCUUCAACUUUAUUGUCGGCCUCACCUUCCCCCCCAUGCUCGAGGCGUUCAAGCCCCAGGGCACGUUUGCCUGGUACGCAUGCUGGUGUGCGAUCCUCUUCGUCUGCGUGCUCCUUUUCCUCCCCGAGUCCAAGGGCCUCACCCUCGAGGAGCUCGACCAGGUCUUUUCCGUUCCCACUGGUGUCCACGCCAAGUACCAGCUCUGGAACCUCGGCUGGCACUUCCGCCACUACAUCCUUCGCCGCAAGGAGCCACACCAGAGCCUCUGGGAGUAUGGCGGCGACGACGCCGACUCGGCGAUCUUCCAGGACAAGCCCACCAACCAGGUGUCGACGGCCUAG